AACUCUGAACUUGUUCUUGAGCCUUGUAUUUUUCUGUCUCUCUGUACAGAAUCUGCUGUUGGCUGUGCUCUCAAUGGGGCUUUGGUUUUAGCUGUUCUCUAACAAAGAGCUUGUUCUGAGCUGCACAUCUCGUCCUCAUUUUUCAGCCUCUGGCUUCAACCGCUGAAUCCCAAAUAUUCUCCAGCUGGGAAUCAGACAAGGGCAGAAAUGAAGAACCCAGAAGCCCAACAGGAGGUUUCAGUUUCCCAGGGAUUUCGCGUGAUGUUUUACAUGAUGAAGCCCAGUGAAACUUCAUUCCAAACAUUAGAAGAGGUGCCUGAUUAUGUAAAAAAGGCAACUCCAUUUUUCAUUUCCUUGAUGCUGCUUGAACUUGUUGUCAGCUGGAUUCGCAAAGGGAAGCCACCGGGUCGUUUGGAUGAUGCUUUAACAUCAGUCUCAGCUGGUGUUCUGUCACGACUUCCAGGUCUAUUUUUCAGGAGUGUUGAACUGACCAGUUAUAUUUAUAUCUGGGAGAACUACAGGCUGUUCAAUUUGCCUUGGGAUUCUCCAUGGACUUGGUAUUUAACCUUCUUAGGAGUUGACUUUGGCUACUACUGGUUCCAUCGUAUGGCUCAUGAAGUUAAUAUUAUGUGGGCCGGACACCAAACACAUCAUAGUUCUGAAGACUAUAACUUAUCCACAGCACUGAGACAGUCUGUCCUACAGAAUUAUACUUCCUGGAUUUUCUACUCUCCCCUGGCCCUCUUCAUACCCCCUUCAGUAUAUGCUGUUCAUCUUCAGUUCAAUCUUCUUUACCAAUUUUGGAUCCAUACAGAGGUAAUCAAUUACCUUGGUCCUUUGGAACUGAUUCUUAAUACUCCUAGCCAUCAUAGAGUUCAUCAUGGCAGAAAUCGUUAUUGCGUAGACAAAAAUUAUGCCGGUGUUCUUAUUAUUUGGGAUAGAAUUUUUGGGACAUUUGAAGCAGAAAAUGAAAAAGUUGUAUAUGGUUUAACACAUCCCAUUAAUACAUUCGAACCAAUCAAAGUGCAGUUUCACCACUUAUUUUACAUAUGGACUACAUUCUGGGCCACACCUGGAUUCUUCAAUAAGUUUUCUGUCAUAUUUAAAGGACCAGGAUGGGGUCCAGGUAAACCAAGACUUGGCCUAAGUGAAGAAAUCCCAGAGGCGCUGUCACCAGUGACUCUCCUUCUGAGGGUUUGGUUCAUUAUCAUGACCUUGACUUCUAUUGGAUUUCUUCUGGAUCAAAGGCCUCAGGCAGCUAUUAUGGAAACUCUUCGUUGCUUGCUGUUCCUAAUGCUGUACAGAUUUGGUCACCUGAAGCCUCUUGUCCCUUCCUUAUCAUCUGCUUUUGAGAUUGUUUUUUCCAUUUGCAUUGCUUUCUGGGGAGUUAGAAGCAUGAAACAACUCACCUCUGGCCCUUGGAAAUAACCUGAAUUGGUACAUUAUUCUCUUCUUUUAAUCAGUUGUCCAUAACCAUAUUAUGACUGCAUAUUAAAAUGUAAUUAUCUUCUAUAAUGCUUAUAUGAACUAUUUCUUUAAUGAAAGGUAAAAUUACUUAUUUACUAUUGUUUGCUUUUCACAUUUGUUAUUUUCUAUCAAAAUUAAAGUCAGUUGUGGUUACUUCCCCCCUUUGAUGCUACAAUUAAAAAAAUUUCAAAUAUAAUGAUGUUAUAUUAACCAAUAGCAUAUAAGACAAGUAUAAAAAGAAGAGAUAAAACUUAAAAAACAGUAAAAAAGAAGGAAUAUUGCCCUUGCAUCGAUUUAACAAUGUUUCCUUUGAUAUUUGCUAAAUUUAUGCAUAGAUACAGAUUUGUAGUCAUAAAAAUGUAUUACAUUAGUUGUCUUACUAAGGCCUCAUUUACCUUUCCAAACCAUAUUACCUAAGGAGCUGCAUUCCAGAAAAAGACAUCAGGGAAAGAAAAAUGAAUAGAAUGUGUCAGAAUUAAUGUGUUCAACUGGUUGCUUUGUCAUACAUUUCUCUAAUAUGCUUGAUCAGUUUGUUUUGGCAGACUGAGCAGAAAGCAGCAAUUCUGUAUUACUUAAAAUUGCUACAGCAAUGUUAAUUCUCUAAAUAAAAUUACCCAAGGCGUUGUGUGUA